AUGAGGUUAUCAUAUCCAGAUGGACUGACUCCAGAUAUUGAGAUUGCCGAAGGCGGCACUAUGUUAGAGAACAAAACGUAUGUUUCUUUUAUAUCAGUGGAGGUGCCUAUGUACAAUAUAAUAAAUUAACUACAUUUCAGAAAGUUUGCGGACUUGAAGGUUAUGUUGGACAACAACAAAGAAUCAGUCAAAAUCGAAGCCAUGAAACGUAUCAUAAAUGUAGGUAUAAGUUAUUCAAUAUUAGCAUUUAAAUGAUCUUGAAAUUAAAUUGCGUUUUAGAUGGUAGCCAAAGGAAAAGAUGUUUCCGAACUGUUUCCAGCCGUUGUGAAGAAUGUGGCAGUCAAACAUCUUGAGGUAGGUGUCAAUUGAAUCGAUUAUUCUCUUUAUAGCUCAAGAAGUUGGUGUACGUCUACUUGGUACGGUACGCUGAAGAACAACAAGACCUUGCUCUUUUGUCAAUUAGCACAUUUCAACGAGCUUUAAAGGUAAGUAAUCGUUUAUAUUAAUAUUAUCGUUUAGGAUCCGAAUCAACUGAUUAGAGCCAGUGCCCUCAGGGUAUUGUCAUCGAUUCGGGUACAGAUGAUAGCACCAGUCAUGUUGUUGGCCAUCAAGGACUCUGUCAGAGAUAUGAGCGCUUACGUUAGGAAAGUGGCUGCUCAUGCUAUACCUAAACUUUACUCGUUAGAUCCAGAUCUCCAGGAACAGCUAGUUGAAUGCAUCGACUUUCUUUUAGGUAAGACAUUUUCAGCGAAUAGAAUCAUUUGGUUUUGUUAUAAAACGUCUAUUAACGUAAAUGACAACUUUUUAGGUAACAAAAGUAUGCUUUUGCUAUUAAAUUCUUAUUAAUGUUAUUGUAGGUGAUAAGAGGACGCUAGUGCUGGGUAGUGCUGUUCAUGCCUUUGAACAGAUCUGUCCCGACCGUUUGGAUCUGCUUCAUAAACAUUAUCGCUCACUGUGUCAAGCUCUAGUAGACGUAGAUGAAUGGGGUCAGGUUGUGAUGAUUGGUCUCUUAUCCAGAUAUGCUCGUACUCAGUUCACAAAACCAGAAGAAGAUGCUCGAUUGGACCCAGACUACGAGUUUCUGCUGUUGUCUGUCCGAAGUCUGUUACAGAGUAGAAACUGUGCCGUAGUAAUGGCUGUGGCGCAGUUAUACUUUUACACUGCUCCUAAAUCACAACUGCCAGUUAUACCUCGAGCUUUGAUAAGAUUGUUGAGAGGGCCUAAUGAAGUACAAUAUGUGGUUCUGGUGAACAUAGCUACGAUAUGUGCUGUGAGGGAUGACGACGACCAGUCGGUGUUUGGUGCCAUUAAGGUAAUUGUUUUGUAAUUGUGUUUUUAUUAUCGGUUUUACUAAAUUUUUAAUACAAAACGUUACUCAUUACCUACACUUGCUUAUUUAGAGUAUGUUUGAGCCAUUCUUGAAAAGUUUCUUUAUCCAAAGCUCGGACACAAGGCUAGUAAAACAACUGAAGUUACAAAUCCUGACUUGUUUGGUGACAGAAACUAACGUUCAGAUGGUGGUCCGAGAGCUGCAGGUAAUUUAAAAUAUAUUUUUUCUUUCUAACUAUAAUUUUGAUAUUAUCAUUAUUAACUUUUUUGUUAGGCUUAUCUUCACAUGGCCGACUUGGCUGGACUAGCCAUCGAAGCGAUCGGCCGUUGUGCUUUAAAAGUCAACUCGGCUGAAAGUAAUUGUCUCUCAUUGUUGGUGAACAUGAUAUCGAGUCAGAAAGAGAACAUCGUAUGUUCUGCUGUAGUGGUGCUGAAGAGGUUGUUACACACAGAAGCGCCAGAAUCUCUUUUAAAACGAGUAGUCAAGCUGAUUCCAAGUAUCAAGAACUCAGCAGCCAAGGCUUGUGUUGUCUGGUUGGUGUGCACUCAUAUUGACAAGGUAAUCUUUGACUUUAUGUUAAGGAUAAUAUAGUUUUUAUAAUAGCUUAAGCACGAGUAUUUGGAAACUUAAUAAUAUUUUUAAACUAAUAAAUCUAUUACAGCUUUCCGUUCUGGCUCCAGAUGUUCUACGUGUGAUAGCAAAGAACUUCUGCGAGGAAUCAGAUGAAGUCAAACUUCAAGCCUUAAACUUGAGUGUUCGUCUAUGGGCGAAAGAUAGACAACGUUGUGAACUGCUGGUGAAAUACGUGUUGCAGCUGGCUAGAUACGACCGGUCAUAUGACAUUCGAGAUCGCUGUAGAUUCAUACGGAACUGUAUCUUCAGGAACAGCGUGUUCCCCAUCGAAUGCUUCCUUCAAGACAAGCCUACACCCUCAAUGCAGAGCCAGUUCGGAGAUCGUGAGCAGUACCAGUUGGGAACGCUGUCACAUCUUUUGAACCAGAAGUGCGUCGAAUACUGUGAUCUUCCAGAAUUUCCUGAAGUUGCUCCGGAUCCAACUAUCAGAAGAUCAGCGAGACCAUUGCCUAGUGAACUUAACAACCACAACAACAUGAGGGAGGACUCUGAAGAAGAGGAAUCUGAAUUGAGUGACGAAGAAGAAGAAGGCGACGAUAACGAAGAAGCAGAAGAAUCAGCCGAAGAAGAGGAGGAAGAAGAAGACGAGGAAGAAGAAGAUGAGGACGAAGAAGCUGAGGAUGAAGAAGAAGAAGAAGAAUCUUCUGAAGAGGAGGAAGAACUAGUUAACGUUAAAGAAGCAGAGCCAGUUAAGGUAUCCAACAAGAAGCCGAUUAUUAAGAAGGCUUCGAAUGAUCUGGACCUGCUUCUCGAUUUGAACUUUGAAACGUCGAUUCACACUUCACAGUACUCGAGGGCCUCUUCAGUACAACCACAGGACUUCGUUGUAGCUUUGGAUCCGUUGUUUUCAAACGGAUUGGGAGUCAAGACCUGCUUCAACAGAGUUCUGUCAGUUAACAGUAGCUGCAUGGUAAACUGUGUGUGGAAGGUUUGUUUUCAGACGGACGAGAAGAAGACCGUGGACGUCAGAUUUGUGUUUAAUCAGGUAACUGAAACAUUUAAACAGUUAUAAUUUUUAAUUAUAUUUUAUGUUUGAUGUCUAAGUUGUUGUAUUGCAGACAGCAUCACAAGGAGUUAAGUCGAGUGGGGAUGUGAAUAUCUUUGGAUUAUCUACAGGAGAUGAGAAGACAAUAUCAGUAGGAAUCGACUUCGACGAUUGCUGUAGGAAGGCUGUGUGGACAGUAGAUGUGGAGGGGAAGACAUACGAUGUAAAUGUCACACCGACUCCACUAGAUCUGGUAGAGGCUAUUGAUAUACGCUCUGAUCAGUACCAGCUAGAAGAAAAACGAUUGUCAGGACUUCAUGAAACUGUGAAAUCACUUGGUAGUGGCUUCGACCCGAAUGUGACAAAGAUUCUGUCUUUGGUAGCCACUAAGCAAGUCGAGGGAAUACCAGUAAGUAUUAAAAUCUGACUUUAGUAUAUUGUAGUAUGACACCAUUCAUGUGGUAUUUUGAACAUUAAUUUAAAAGUUUCGGGAUUGCUUUUGUAACAAGGUUAAUGUUGCUUGUAUAUUAUAAUUGUUUUAGCUCUCGUUUGCGUCACAGACAGUUACGAAGAAGGCGAUUGUGUUGUUCUCCUUCUACAAGGGGACCGAGUGGAAGUUGAAUGUAAAGUGUGAGAACUCGACAUUCUGCUCCAUCUUUGCUCACGCUUUGUGCGAAAAGCUGGGUGAAAAGAGGUAA